CCGACACCGCGCGAGGAGCGGGGCCGCUCGGCAGCACCGAGAGCCCGCGGAAAAACCUCCGCUGGUCCGGCGCUCCUCCCGCAGCCGUGCGGCGUCUCCAGCCAGAGGAGCCGGACUACCUGCGCCCGGCGCGGGAGGAGAAUGGCUCAAACUCUUGGACCAGCAACAUCCAUCCAUGAUGAGGAAUCCUUGGAAAGCAGAAUGGUGGUUACAUUCCUCAUGUCAGGACUUGAUUCAAUGUGUAAAGAACUUUCCAAGUCCAAGGCAGAAAUUGCCUGUAUUGGUGUAUUUGCAAAAACUGUUUUUGUUCUUGGAACUGAGAGAGGAAAAGCCUUUGUCAACUCUAGGGAAGAUUUUAAGACGGAUUUUAUUGAAUACUGUGUUACAGAAGAGGACAGGCCUCCAGAGCUGCAGAAAACAAAGACUACAUCACCUGUAAACAGACAGACUUUGGAUGCUGAGGAGCUGGAGGCUCUUAGAAAGUCUGUGGAGGAGUUUUUCUGCUUUUCCUAUGGUAAAGCUUUAGGAAAGUCAGCAGCAGUACCUGUGCCAUAUGAAGAGAUUCAGAGGAACCAGUCUGUUGUGAUAGUGCAGGGCCUGCCUGAAGGAGUCACAUUGAAACAUCCAUCAAAUUAUGAUGUUUCCACCCUGAAACGGAUUUUGGAAAACAAAUCAGAGAUCUCAUUUAGUAUCAACAGGCCUUUCGUAGAACCAAAGAAACAGAUAGAAGCUGGUGUGAUAGAUCCUUCACGUUCAUUUAUACCCCCAUGUGAAAGUUGUCCUCCUGUUAAUGUGAAAACAGAACCAAGCAAGGAUUCUGAGACCAACAAGGAUCAUGGAAUUUCUUCCAAAAUGUCAUCAGUAACAAUGAAAGAGGAAAGAGAUGAUCCUAACUACUAUCAAUUUAAUACUCCAGCAGGCCCUUCCAAAACACCAGAGAUAGAGGAAAACGUUGCUCCUGGAAAAAGUUACACAGAGACCCCCCAGCCUGAGUCAUCAGACACGAGUGAGGAUUCUGAGGUUGAGUUCAGUAAUGAAGAUGAUGCUGAUGUUGGUGAUGAUAAUGAGGAUGAUGAUGAUGAGUACAUGCCCCCUGAAGGGAGCCUGAGGAGCCCCAGUCUGGCUCCUGAAGCUGCCAAUAUUGGGAGAAGAAAUGCAGAAGAAUUCAGUUUUGAGACCUCCCACCAUGACAUGCUAGAAACAAGUGAGAAACCUGAGGUUGAGGUCACCAUUGAAGAAGAUGAUGACUACCUACCACCUGAGAAGAGACAGAAGAGCACCAAGUCAGCUAAUGAAGGGAGCAAUACUGGGAGAAGAAAUGCAGAAGAGUCCAGUUCUGAUUCCUCCCAGCAUGAUUCGUCAGACACAAGUGAGGAUUCUGAGGCUGAAAUCACUAGUCAAGAUGAUGAUGAUGAUGAGUACCUGCCCCCUAGCAAGAGAAAAAGGAGGAGGAACACCAGGUUGGCUAAGGAAACUGCCAAUACAAGGAGGAGAAAAGCAAACUAUUUGAACUGCAAUUCCUCCCAACAAGAUUUGUCUGAAAAAAGUGAGGAUCCUGAGGUUGAGGUCACUGUUGAAGAUGAUGAGGAUGACUACCCACUACCUGACAAGAGACAGAGGAGCAGCAAUUCAUCUAAUGAAGAUGACAAUGCUGAGAGAAGAAUAGAAGAAAAGGUCAAUUGUGAUACCUCCCAGCAUGCCAUGUCAGAAACAAGUGAAAAUCCUGAGGUUGAGGUCACUGUUGAAGUUUCGAAAUUCAAGGCAGUUCCAGUUCUGCAUGCGAAUUCCGUGGACAAAAAAACAGGGGGUUUUUUAUUGUUUCUUAAAGAUGAUGGUGAAGACAACCUGCCACCUGACAAGAGACUUAAGAACAACAAUUUGGCAAAUGAAUCUCCCGAUGCUGAGAGAAGUAAAGAAGAGGAGUUCAAUUCUGAGACCUCCCACCAUGAUAUGUCAGAAACAAGUGAGAAUCCCGAGGUUGAGGUCACCCUUGAAGAUUCUGACCAUACCUACACACACCGAGAGCGGAGACGGCGGAGCACCAAGUCAGUUAAUGAAGAGUCCAAUACUCAGAGAAGAAAAGAAGAAGAGUUGAAUUCUGAUUCCUCCCAGCAUGACUCAUCAGAAGGAAGUGAGGUUUCUGAGGCUGACCUCACUAGUGAAGAUAAUGAUGAUGACUACGUACCCCAUGAGAAGAGACAGAGGAGCCCCAAGUUAGCCAAUGACUUGGGCAGUAGUGGGAGAAGCAGAGGAAUAAAGUUCAAUUUUGACAAAUGGAAUACACGAAUUACAGACUUGAGAAAGGAAGUUGAAGUGCUGUUUGAUAAAAAAUAUGCUGAAGCUAUAAAGGUAGAGGGCCCAGCAUCUGUCCCAUACACAGCCUUCCAGUCCCAUCCAGAAGAUUUGUUUGUGGAAGGGAUGCCAGAAGGGAUUCCCUUCAGGCGCCCGGCCACCUACGGCAUUCCCCGGCUGGAGAGGAUCCUCCUGGCCAAGGAGAAGAUCCGCUUCGUGAUCAAAAAGCCUGAACUUCUGAAUUUGACAGAUCCUCCAGUGGUCACUACAGCUUCAACAGUCUCAAAUACAGGGGUAGAGGGCUGGCAUUCCAGAGUCACCAGACUGAGAAAGAUGGUAGAUCAACUUUUCUGUAAAAUGUAUGCCAAGGCUUUGGGGAGCAAUGACCCCAGAGCUGUUCCAUACAAGAAAUUUGAAGCUCAUCCAGAUGACCUCUAUGUUGAAGGGCUGCCAGAGAACGUCCCCUUUAGGAGUCCCUCCUGGUAUGGAAUCCCUUGCCUGGAACAAAUAAUUCAAGUGGGCCACAAAAUAAAAUUUGUGAUCAAAAGGCCAGAGCUGCUAACUCAGGCUUCAAACGAAGGUACUCAGCACAGGUCAAACCCUCAAGGAAGAGAAGAUUGGAAUUCCAAGAUCACAAAGCUAAGAAAGCAAGUAGAAGAUAUAUUUAGUGUGAAGUUUGCUGAAGCUCUGGGGGUUUCAGACUCAGUGAAAGUUCCCUAUUCUGUGUUUGAGUCCAACCCUGACUCCUUGGUGGUGGAAGGCUUGCCAGAAGGAGUUCCCUUCCGGAGCCCCACGUGGUUUGGAAUUCCUCGCCUCGAAAGAAUCAUCCGUGGCAGUAGCAAAAUCAAAUUUACUAUUAAGAAGCCUGAUCUUAUCAUUUCCCAUUUGCCUCUAAGACUGGCUAGUAAACUAAGGAAAAAAGGAAUUAGUCCAAGGACUUCCAAAAGGUCACAAAGUUCUUCAGAAAAUUCAACUGUCCCGGAGAUUGAAGUUACUAUUGAAGACAGUCCUAAAAAAGACCAAACCACAAAUGCAAAAACUAAUUCUCCUACCAAUGACCCCAAUACAAAUUUGAAGCAACAAGGAAGAGAGUUUUCUUUUGAGCUGUGGAAUGCCAAAAUCACUGCCUUAAAGGAUAAAGUUGAAAAUCUUUUUAAUGAAAAAUGUGGGGAAGCUCUGGGACGCAGUGGACCAGUGAAGGUGCCAUAUGCACUGUUUGAUUCCUACCCAGAGGAUUUCUAUGUGGAAGGACUGCCUGAGGGGGUUCCCUUCCGCCAGCCUACAACCUUUGGGAUUCCCAGACUAGAGAAGAUCCUGAGAAAUAGAUCCAAAAUAAAAUUUAUUAUUAAAAAGCCUGAGAUGCUUGAGGCAGUUAUCAAAGAUAGAAAUGCCCAAGGAAAAAAAAAAUCCUCCAGUAAAGCCAAUACAGCAAGGACCACAGAAAACACAGUGAAAACAGCUGAAGGUGCUGGAGACCUAAAGGUUGUUAAAGUAACCAUAAAAGAUGAUGAAAAUGAGCGAGUGCCAAAAGCAGAAAAUGCCAGACAAUUGAGAGAGCAAGUAAAUGAUCUUUUUAGCCAGAAAUUUGGUGAAGCCACUGGUAUGAAUUGUUCUGUGAAAGUUCCAUAUAGGAAAAUCACUAACAACCCUGGCUGUGUGUUGGUGGAUGGAAUGCCUCCAGGUGUGGCAUUUAAAGCACCCAGUUAUCUGGAACUCAGCUCAAUGAGGAAGAUUUUGGAUUCAGCAGAGUUUAUCAAGUUCACUGUCAUUAGGCCAUUUCCAGGACUUGUGAUUAACAAUCAGCUGCUAGAAGAAGCUGAAGCAGAGGGAGAAGCAGAAGCACCAGCAGCAGCCCCUACUGGAGCAGUGCUACCAGAGCCAGCUGAACCAAGCCAAAUAGAAGUAUCUCUAGGAGAUAAGACAGAAACAGAAGAAAAUUUUCAAAUAAAGCGAGAUCCAGACCUGACGUCAUAGACCUCAUCUACACUGGUCAGAAGCUGCCUGUUCUGAGAAGAGCCUGCUCGGCCUGUCUGGAGCUGUGUAAUAUAAUUGUAUAAGAGAAGUAUCUUCUAUACAAACCCUUUUGUACUAUUAUAUAGAAAUGUCUACUUUUUCAGCAGUUCUGUGAAUUGACCCAAUAAUGACUGUAGAUUUGGAUUGUACGAGUUUACUUUGGAAUAUAUUUUAAGGACUAAAUUUGGUGCAGCAAUGCUGGGGAGAUGGCAGGGAUUAAAAUCAACAGGGAUAUAGCUCAGGCUGUGUACAUUUUCCAAUAAAGCUGAAUUUCACUGUACCUGAAUGCAUCCUAACUUUUGUAAUGAAAAAAUUCCUGCAAAGAGUUCAGUUUGUUUACUUUGGAGGAAAAAAAUCCUCUACAUUAAUUUUCAGCUAUUAGUUUAAUGUUUCAUUGGACAACAGCAUCUGUAUAUUUGAAUUAAUUUUUCCUGUUAUAUCUAUUAUAAUUCAUAUGUUUUUCCUAAAUAAAAGUUAAAAUGAUCCA